UGCAUUGCAGCUGGAAGAUUUCCGGAAAUGGACAGGCCGACGGCUGUGCACGCCACCGCGUGGGAAGCCGAGAACGCACCUGGAGGCGAAGCCAUUCCACAUUUCUUUCCACUUCUACUUCUACUUGGUGGCGUCUCGGUCGUCGUCUCCUUCCUCCCACCUUCCUCUAAAUCCUCUCGUACAAGAGAAAGAGAGUAGUCACGACCACUUCAACUCCGCGUCCCGAUCCCACUUAACUACUGCUGCCACCCCCGCCUUUCUCCCGAUCCAAGAAACAGAGCAGAAGCCGCCACCGGUUUAGUUUUAGUUUGAUUCAGCGAGGAGAUCGAGGAGGAAGAAGGAGCCGUGUUGCGAUCCUGCUGCGGGGCCGGCCAUGAACAACCUCUUCUCGAGCUCGUGGAAGCGCGCGGGCGACGGGGACCUGGAGUCCGGCGGGGUGGAGAUGUCGGCGCCGCCGGGCGCGGCGGCGGGGGCGAGCCUGGACAAGUUCUUCGAGGACGUGGAGUCCAUCAAGGACGACCUCCGCGACCUGGACCGGAUCCAGCGCUCCCUCCACGACGGCAACGAGUCGGGGAAAUCCCUCCACGACGCCUCCGCCGUGCGCGCGCUCCGGGCGCGCAUGGACGCCGACGCCGCCGCCGCCAUCAAGAAGGCCAAGGUCGUCAAGCUACGCCUCGAGUCCCUCGACCGCGCCAACGCCGCCAACCGCUCCGUCCCCGGCUGCGGGCCCGGAACCUCCACCGACCGCACCCGCACCUCCGUCGUCGCCGGCCUCCGCAAGAAGCUCCGCGACUCCAUGGAGUCCUUCUCGGCGCUCCGCGCCCGCGUCAGCUCCGAGUACCGCGACACCGUGGCCCGCCGCUACUUCACCGUCACGGGCGCCCAGCCGGACGAGGCGACGCUGGACACGCUGGCGGAGACGGGCGAAGGGGAGCGGUUCCUGCAGCGCGCCAUCGCGGAGCAGGGGCAAGGGCGCGGCGAGGUCAUGGGCGUGGUGGCCGAGAUCCAGGAGCGGCACGGCGCCGUGGCCGACCUGGAGCGCAGCCUGCUGGAGCUCCACCAGGUGUUCAACGACAUGGCCGUGCUCGUGGCGGCGCAGGGGGAGCAGCUCGACGACAUCGAGGGACACGUCGGCCGGGCAAGGUCCUUCGUCGACCGCGGCCGCGAGCAGCUGCAGGUGGCGCGCAAGCACCAGAAGAGCUCCCGGAAGUGGAAGUUCAUCGCCAUCGGCAUCCUGUUAGUCAUCAUACUCGUCAUCGUCAUCCCCAUCGUGCUCAAGAACACCAAGAACAGCAGCAGCAGCAACAACAGCAACCAGCCGCAGCAGUAGCAGCCGCGUCGGCCGUGAUCCGUGAUCGAUUCUGGUUGUCCGUGUUCGAUUUUUUUUUUGCUCCGUCUCCGUCGCUGUUGUAAAGAUUAGUAAUAUACAUGGUUCGUUGAUCCACCUGAUUAUACUUUUCGGCGAUUCUUGUUGUAAUUAUGCAGUUGGGUUAGAUUGGGAUGGACUUUGAAAGGUGUGUGACGGGUGAGCAAACUUGGACCUGGUCGAAACUGAUGUACCGGCGCGGUUCGUCCAGCCUGCAAAUGCACACCUUCCUUUGCCGUUCGUUAUGA